AUGUCGCUCCUCUACAAUGCGUCGAAACACCUCCAACGAAUUCUCGUUUAUCAUCCAUAUACGCUUUAUCUCUUCACAAAAUCUGACAUCAAGACCACAAUUCUGCCCAUUACUGCUUUCGCAGCAGCAGUGACGCCGAAAGUUCAACUUAUCGGUCUCUUUCAUUCAGUCUGUUGGAUAUGGCUACAUCUGCUCCAGUUCAACGUAUCCAACCAAUGUCUUUCCAUCGAGGAAGACAGUCUAAACAAAAGUGAUCGACCAUUACCUUCCAAUCGACUCACUCUCCAGUCCGCCAAGAUCCUCCGGUGGAUUCUUCUACCUCUCUGUCUCGCUCAGUCAUCGUGGUUCAGCCCCAUGAUGUUGUGGAUCAGCUCAGUGUUGUCUGCGGCUUUCAUGCUUUACAACGAACUGGGCGGUCAUGCUAUUCAUUGGUCAUCACGAAACAUUAUGAAUGCAUUCGGGCUUUCGCUCUUCGAAGCCGGGGCCGCUCUUGCAAUCUCCCAAGACCCUACCCAGCUCACGCCUCUAGCAUCACUAGGAAUCUGCAUCAGUGGUCUAGUCUACCUCACGACCUUCCAUGCGCAAGACUUCAAAGAUAUCCACGGUGAUAUUCUUGUCGGCCGAUCUACCCUUCCAAUCCUUUGGCCUGAUAUUGCUCGAAUCUCCAUGUUCAUCGGUAUGAUGGCAUGGUCAGUCAUAUUGUCAUUAUUCUGGCAGUUAGACUUGGCAACAUCGGUAGCCUUCGCUGUCAUGGGCUCAUUUACAGGGUACAGGUUUACGAAGAGGACAAAGGUUGUCGAGGAUCAAAUAUCCUUCUAUUGGUAUAACGGCUGGGUAUCGUUUGUCCAUAUUCUUCCAGCGUACUACCGAUAUUUCUAUAUGUGAUCAUGAUUGCUUUCGUUCUUCAUUCCCGCCCAAACUUAGACCAUGAAUCUUCGUAGUUGUUAAUAUAAAUCAUAAUCUUCUCAGAAGCUUAUAAUGCAUAGACUCUGGACGAAUAAUCAAAACCCGUUUACAUUCCGAUCAAAUCUUAUAAAUAGUCAACCACUGUUGACAACCCUUUGUUUAAUACACAGAUGUCCAUAUAAUCAUACAGCCCGUAGAAUAUUCCCUAUAUAAACCUCAGGGCGCAGUC